CCGACAAAGAGCACAGCAGUCGCAUUUCCAGCUUUAGAGCUGUGUCUCCGCAAUGGUGGUACCAUAUCCAUCUGGUUCUGAGGGGAGUGUCUGGAGUUUUUUGACCAUCACACCCUUCAUCCUCUUCAAGUUUCGUGGCUCGAUCGUUCCACUGCUCUUACCGCAGCUAAUUUUGAUCCAAGGCCUUUCGGUUCUGGCCAUUUGGCUGGCGGAUUGGGAACGGGAAAACCUGGAGACCGACACAGGGGAGGAGAACAACAUGACCUCUUUCGCCAAGGUGGCAGAAGAGGGGACUAAGGCACUGGCCAUUUUGGUAUCUUUUUUGUUGGUCUUGAAGACGCAAGCUGCCAACAACCAAUUCUGGGAAGCCUUGUCGGAUUUAACCAACAUGUGCCACCUGCUCCGCAGCAUUUCCAUCUCGGUCUGCGGCAUGGUGAACUGGGAAAAGCACAAGGAGGUGGAGAAAAACGCGAAGAGAAUUGUAAGGCUGCUGGUGUUGUACUAUUUGGUCGUCCUGGAAUACUUCCAGCGCACGGGAACCAACCAGACCAACGCAGCCAGUCAGAUGGACAACUUGCGUCACGACGUGGCAGCCCUGGCUGGAGACCAUGAAUGGACAGUGCUGUAUCCAGGCGAAGGGAAGGGCACUGCGGGGUCCAAAUCUGCUCACCGCCAUACCAGGCCGACUAUCAUCCUCUUCUGGAUCUCGUUGUCCUUGAGGCAAAUCUUAGACCAUCAAGCGCUGGAACCUCCAAUCAUGAAUGGGGUGCUGAAUCAGCUCACUCAAGUGAGUGCCUGUUUUUGGAACAUGGAUAAGAUUGACAAGACUCAAUUUCCAUUUCCCUACACGCAGAUCGUGAAGUGGCUCACCUUGGUGUUCCUGGUGAUGUUACCUUUUGUUUUAGCUCCCAACUGUGGCUGGCUGACUUGUGUCUUCUCGGCCGUGGCCACGGUGGGCUUUUUUGGGCUGGAUGAAGUGGCCGAGAUUCUGGAGUCGCCCUUUGGCAACGAUCCGAACGACCUUGACAUCCGUGCCUACGGUGAUCCUUUGAUGUCAGAUCUGGAGCUCAUCUGUCGAUGUCGUGACGGCGAGCUUGACUUUGUCUUCAACCCAGACGAAAAGAUUGACUUCUCCCAUCUCUUGGGAAACUUCGAUGAUGGCUUUCACCAACAUUUCUGCGCCAACUUGGCUCGCACUCGUCGUACCUCACGACUCUCCGUGUCGAAACACGGCGAAGCUGCGCCGCAGGAAGCAUCAGCAUUUCCGGUGCUGCCUGGGGAGCCAUGCCCGCUGAGGUAAAA